ACCGUGACUCUCUCUGUCUCCCUCCCUGUCUGCUGAACCAGUGCAGUUUGCGCCCUUGAGGACGUUACAACUCCUGUCCCAUUUCUCCGGGGAGCGUGAGAUUCAGCAGACGCGCGGUGCUCGCUCGCUCGCUCGCUUCCCUGCCGCAUCUGCAGGGGUGGAACCCGGACUGUUCCAGGCCCAGAGUCCCCGGGAGUUUCUGCCGCUUCUGCAGCUCCGUGCACCGGCUCACGGUCUGCUCUGAGCCACCCUGCUGUGAAGAAAUGGAUUCCCGCUGCUGAAUCAGCCCAGAUAGUGUGAUGUAUCUCGCCUUAACCUGGCGGGCCACGAGGGCAUGAGACUGCGAGGACGGCGGGAUUUCAAACCUGACUCCGACCUGGAAGUGGCCCCUGCUCCUCCUGUUGCCUGGUUACCUGGCAUCCUCAGCAAAAGUGUACGCCUGCGUUUACGUUUAGAUCGCUGUGACGACCGAGGGCGGGGCUGCUGGCACCUGGUGGACUUGGAGGCGGAGUCAGAGCCAGUUGGGCGCAGACUGAGGAAUCGGCCACCUAACACCUGUGCACAGAGUCUGAUGAGUACCCUGUCCGCUGGCUCAGAGAUGCAGACUCCCGCUCUUGGCCCCCAGUUCAUAGCGGGGCCCCAGGGUAAGGUACCUGGCAGGAAGAGAGGACGGCCUCCUAUCCGUAAGCUGGAGUUCCAGAGCCACUACGUUGAGCCUAUGUCGCCUCUCAAGGUACCCAAGAAGAGAGGCAGGAAACCCGGUUUUAAGCUGAAGCCCAGGAUGGUGAUGUCCCCACUGGCUAACUCUCCUCCCAGCAGCACACCAGAGCCUGAAAUGGGCUCUAUCCCACAGGAUGCUGCUAUUGUCCCCCACUCUGCUACACCACAGGUCCUUACAGCAGAAACGUCAAUGCCUGAUGACUUUUUAUGUGACCCGCCGGGGGACUCCAAGCGUUACGCUGUAGACCCCAGUGACUCCGCCUUUAAUGUCAUGACAUCACAGUACCCGCCAAAGCACUCGUAUGGUUACCGCAGAAGCAACAGUUGUACUACACCGAUGGGCUUGUGCAGACAAGCAUCAAGCCCAGCAAGCUUCCAGGAGGGAAACAGGAACGUUUAUAGCCCGAUGCCAGAUGCUGGAGAGUGCAAGCGUCCUGCUGGUAAGGACCCGUCCAGCUGGGGUGUGGAGGAGGUCGUGUGGUUCAUCAAAGAUGCUGACCCUCAAGCCCUGGGACCUCAUGCUGAAGCCUUCAGGAAACAUGAGAUAGAUGGGGACGCUUUGCUCUUACUGAAAAGUGAGAUGAUGAUGAAGUAUCUGGGACUGAAGCUGGGACCUGCGCUCAAACUCUGUUACCAUAUCGACAGGCUUAAACAGAAUCGGUUGUGAUUUGCCUCGGGGGUGGGGGUGGGAUGGGGAGGUGGGGAUGCCGAGCCCCUCAUCACCUGGUUAACUUUCACUAAAACUGUACCGGUGCUGAUUCUCUCAAACUGUUCUGGCUGUUCUCAGCCGUCAGCAAUAGAUCAUGAACGCCUUGGGAUCCAGAUUGCGUACUUGACAGCUUUUACUGCAUCUGCACCAUAUUUUGUUGACCAAUUGGACAUGUUGACUGUACAUAUUAAGACUAUUUACAGCCACAAGCAAGUAUUUAAUUUCAAUCUUUGUUUACUGGGUUUCUGAAAGGCUUCAGAUUGUAAAUAGUUCAGUUCCACCAACAUGGCAGCUACUGUAUAAUCAAAUGUGACCUGUAACGUGCACAGCUUGCUAUAUUUCACUUUCAGCUGCAUCUACCAAAAUAGAGAUCCAGCAGUGUGAAUUUUGGCAGAUCUUAACCAUGGACAUAAUAUCAAUAUCUCUGAAGCUACAGAGACAAAGCUCAUUAAACUCAAAUGGUGCUAAACCUCAGAAUCCUAUUUAGUCUUAAAUAAAUCUUGUUUGAAAAAAAUUAAUUUUGCUGUAAACUGAUGAUAAAGUUGAUCCCAGUAUCGCAAUGUCUGAUCUCUCAAACUCUUCGGCACGUAUUGAAAUCUUUUGAAAUCUUCUGCUUUUUCAGUCUAUCUCAACCAUUCCCACCCAAAACCAAAAACUGUGCUGCUCAUGUGUCACUGUGGAACACAGCUAUUCAGUCUCUGUGAGCCAAAAAGGAAAAAAAAAGCAAUAAUUGGAAAAUCAAAGGCUUUUUAUGUUUCGAUCCAUCUAUUCAGCAUCAAGCUGGUUGGACAUGAAGAGGAAUUGUUCUUAGAAUAAGUUGAAAAUCCUGACACAUAGCUGAGAAUUUUGCUUGAUUCUAAUCCAUAUUCUUUCAUUUCAGUGUAAAAACCUGAUACUUGUGAAACUGCGUCAAAAACAAGCGAUGGGUCACAUCCAAGAAAUGUGACUCAACGUGACUUGAUAACUUGCGCAGUUUUUUACCACAAACCACAGCACACAACACAACAGUGAAGCGAUAUGGUGCCUCAUCAAUGUGAAAUCACAUAGCCAGCACUCAUACAGGAUGGAAAGGAGACAUAGACAGAAACUUGGGGCUUUUUUUAACCAUAUAAUACCCAUGAAUUGUAUAUCGUGUUGUUUGACAUGACGAUACUGAAUAGCUGGCCAUUUUGCAACCUUGCCAGUAAAGUUUUUUUAUUUACUUGAGGUUGCAAAAUGGUGUGAGAGAAAGCAACUUGUAGCGAACUCAUACAACCUGGUGCUCAACCUUUACUGCCACUACAAUCUCAACACUUUAAUUACUUUCUCACACACUUCAUCAACAACUGUGUGACUUCCAUAAAAUACAACAGUUUCUCAUGCAAUACCUCUUCAUUCAUUUUGAAUAUUAAAUCCUCUGAUUCAUUUUUUGUUCUGCUGUAUGAUAAAGCAGUAUUUCAUCUCCAAACUGUAAAAAGCGACAAACUAUUAAAUGAAAUGUCUUAAGCAUUAUAUAGUAGCAUUUUUUUUUAUUAAUGCAGUGCCUGCUCUGAAUUAAGGCUAUGCAGCCACUAAAUGCUGUUUUAUCAUAUAACAUUGUACAAACAACUUGUAAACACAAUAAUGAUCAAUCACAUGCUGUAUAUGGCAAACUUAACCCAACAACUGUUCAAUUUGUGGUUAAAAACAACGCUUUUUUACUUACUGUACAUUCAUUGUUACACAUUUUAAACUUUUACCGAUGUGUUUCUAUGUGUUUUGCUUAUUUAAGUCUGGGUGCCACAGACUUGUGUGAAGUACAGCAUGUAUGUAUAUGUAUGAAUUCUGUAUUUCAUGACUGUCUUGAGCCCUGCUGAGGUAUGGGCUGCAUUAAACUUCUGCAUUUUAUUUUCCAGUUUACCACUUUCAAUAUGAUAACUUGAUUUCAGUGAUGCGAAGGAGUGCACAGCCUCUAAACUCUAAACUACAGAUAUUUCCAUUUUUUUCCUGCAGAUUUGAUCAAUCAUGUGACCCAUAUGAAAUCAAAUUUGAUUUAUUUUGACCUUUCUUCUUUGUAUUUUUUUAAAACACACUGUUCCUCAGACAAAAUAAACUUGCUUGUUUAAUGA